AUGGUGAAGGAGAGCAUGCCGCGCUGGCUCCACCGGGACUCGGCUGAGGGUCUGAUCCACGUGAACGUCGGAGGCCUGAAGAGGAGCCUGUGCUCCACCACGCUGAAGAAGUUCCCAGACACCAGACUGGGAAAACUGCUGUCAUGUGACUCGGAGGAGGACAUUCUGCAGGUGUGUGACGACUACGACGUGCAGCAGAAGGAGUUUUAUUUUGACAGGAAUCCCGGCCUGUUCCCGUACGUCCUCCACUUCUACCAGACGGGGAAACUUCACAUCAUGGACGAGCUGUGCGUCUUCUCCUUCAGUCAGGAGAUUGAGUACUGGGGCAUCAAUGAGUUCUUCCUGGACAGUUGCUGUAGUUACCGUUACCACGACCGCAAGCUGGAGAGCAGCCGCCAUCGCAGCUGGGACGACGAGAGCGACGUCAGCAGCGUGGACACGUCUGUGGACGAGAUCUCGGACAUGAACAGAGACAUGCAGCACUUCCAGGUGGUGCGCUGUGGGAACUUCAGGAGGUGUCUGUGGCUGACGCUGGAGAACCCAGGUUACUCUGUCCCCAGCAAACUCUUCAGCCUGCUGUCCAUCGCUGUGGUGCUCACGUCCAUCACCAUCAUGUGCAUCAACAGCAUCCCCGAGUAUCAGGUGUUUGACUCUGAGGGGAAACUGACGGAGGACCCCACCAUGCAGGUGGUGGAGGUGUUCUGCAGCUGCUGGUUCACCUUCGAGGUGGUGACGCGGCUGCUGCUCGCUCCGAACAGGAAGAAGUUCUUCCAUCACCCUCUGAACAUCAUUGACAUGGUGUCUGUGGUUCCCAUCUACAUCACGCUCCUCUUGGACUUGACGCUGGGAUCCGAGUCGGAGCUGGGAGACCUGGGACGACUCAUUCAGGUCCUCAGGCUGACCAGGAUCUUCAGAGUGUUGAAGUUGGCCCGACACUCGACCGGACUGAGGUCCCUGGGAGCGACGCUUCGGCACAGUUAUCGUGAGGUGGGGAUUCUGCUGCUGUAUCUGGCUGUCGGAGUUUCCGUCUUCUCUGGAAUUGCUUACACGGCAGAAUACGAAGAGGACGUGGGUCUGGACACCAUCCCCGCCUGCUGGUGGUGGGGGACGGUGAGCAUGACCACGGUGGGUUACGGGGAUGUGGUGCCCGUCACGGUGGCGGGGAAACUGGCGGCCAGCGGCUGCAUUCUGGGCGGCACGCUGGUGGUGGCGCUGCCCAUCACCAUCAUCUUCAACAAGUUCUCCCACUUCUACCGGAAACAGAAAGCUCUGGAGGCGUCGGUGAGGAACAACAACCGCCGGAGGAUGAGGAUGAGCUGCGAGCAGGAGACGGAGGACGAGGAUGAGGAAGAGGAGGAGGAAGGGUCAGAGGGGGACAGCAAGUGUUUGGACGACGAUGACAUCGAAGAUAUCGAGGAGGACGAUGAUAUUGAUUAUGAGGAUGAAGGAGGUGUCGUCAAUUACAGCUACGUGGAGCAUCCGUCCUACACGUCCAUCCUGAGGAGGAAGGAGCUGCGUCAGGUGUGA